CUCUCCUUCUCCCGGAUCAUAUAGUGCAGUAGUCUGCAAAGAAAGUGACCACAGCCAAAGCCUAUACAGCUCUUUGAGCGGUGGGACUGCGACCAAACGGACUCACUUCACCUCAGCGACUGUUUACCACCUGAAAAAAGACACCACACGGAUCGACGGGGGAGAGAGCUCACGUUACAAGCAGAUUUCUCGUAAGGAAUUGUUGUGAUUGUGCUGCUUUUUUUUUUGGACACUUAAAUCGCGCACGGCGGAUCUAUGAAGACGCAGGCAGGUUUUUCACUCUCCGUACCAGACCGAGGGAAUAAGGAGUGAUCCAUCCCCCCCACACACCCAGCCUGCAGCCCCCAUGCCGGGCAUUAGCUCCACCGCGUCUCGUUAUGAAAACUGGGACAUGGACCACCUCGACCAUUACCAACAUUAUUUCUACGACGACCACGACCCGGAUGAGGAUUUCUUCAAGUCCACUGCGCCCAGCGAGGACAUAUGGAAGAAAUUCGAACUGGUACCGACCCCGCCCAUGUCCCCCAUCCGGGCGGUAGAAGGGUCGGGCAGGGUCGGGCUGCUGUACCCGUCCCUCGGGGACAAGCUGGAGUGGGUCUCUCAGUUCUUAGGGCAGGAGGACGAGCAGCAGCAGCAGGACCUGCCUUGCAAACUGACCACGACCAAUAACGACUCCUUCGGGAACCUGAGCUCCAUCAUCAUCCAGGACUGCAUGUGGAGCGGCUUCUCGGCCGGGCAGCAGCUCGAGAGAGUUGUAGGGGAGCGCUGCGCCUCCUGUCCCGGGACGGGGGCGGCCGCCAAAGUCGCCGCCGGGUCUGCAGUUGCGUCCCCGGGGAGGGCGCAGUGUGCGCCCGCCGACACGCCGGCCCUCAGCGGCUUGGCGGCGGACUGUGUGGACCCCGCCGCGGUGCUCACUUUCCCGUUAACCGGUGUAUGCAAGAAACAAGUGUCCUCCGGUUCGGAGUCUCACACCGACUCAUCAGAUGAUGAAGAUGACAAGGACGAGGAUGAGGAGGAGAUUGAUGUGGUGACAGUGGAGCACAAGCAGCAGCAGCGUAAACCUCGUCGACUGGUCAACGCCCGCAAACCCGUGACCAUCACAGUGCGGGCCGACCCCCUCGACCCCGGCAUGAAGCGUUUCCACAUCUCCAUCCACCAACAGCAGCACAACUACGCUGCCCCAUCCCCGGACACUCUCCCGCCGCCACCUGAGCCACCUCGGAAGAGGGUUCGGCAGGAGCCCUCCACCCAGGCGAGCCAGCCUCACCAGAACUCUCAUUACCACCAACAGCCCCGGCCCGGCCACGCCCCUCUGAACUUAGACAGCAGAAAGUGUCAUGUGACCGUAACUGGGGUCAGGUCAGAGUCGCCAAACCUCAGCGCCUCCUCUCCUACCUCCUCCACAUCGCCUUCAUCUCCCCCCUCCUCCUCCUCCUCCUCCUCCUCUUCCUCUUCCUCCUCCCAUCCCCAAAGCUCCCCCUCAAAGCCCCACUCCCUCUCCCACCUCUCCAGCCCCCAGUCCUCCGACUGCGAGGACACAGACAAACGCAAGGCACACAACUUCCUGGAGCGCAAGCGACGGAACGACCUGCGCUCACGUUUCUUGUCACUGCGGGACGAGAUCCCAGGCUUAGCGGACUGCCCCAAGACUCCCAAGGUGGCGAUCCUGACGCGGGCCACAGAGUACCUGCAGCAGCUGCACGCCAACGAGAGGCAGAAGGCUCAGGAGAGGAAGCAGCUGAAAGCCAGGCAGCUGCAGCUGCUGCAGAGGCUGGCACAGCUCAAACGAUCCUGAGCAACAGGGUCCUGCUGUCACCACACACGUACACUCACAGAACUGAAUGGGUCUACAUGAAGGAGAAAAGACACAAUGUUCACUUUGAGUUGGUCACGUUGGAAUAGUGCGGGUGGAUUUUUUUUUUUCUUUCUGUUUUUUACUUUUUGUGGUUUGCACAUUAGCUUCUGAGUGAUUGACAAGGCCGCAAGCCGGUCGGGACGGCAAGCUAGGGACUGAUCUUACGGGCAAUAUGUCCAUAGUUGCUCAAUAUUUUUGUCAGCAGCUUGAGAAAGAGAAUAAUUUGUCAAACCUUUAUGUUUCCCCUCGCUAACAAUGUUCAAAACUGUUGCUUGCUACUGGAAGGCCUGCUGUGACUCCAGCAGCUUCUAGUUGAUAAACUGCUACAACUGUGCUGUUUAACUGCUGCAUGGUCUGGCCAGACGUCUCCUUGCGAUAGGGCUCGGUGUGCUUGCACAGCAGUGAUGUCUCCUCUUUCUAUCAGUCUGAAGAGCCCCCUAGAGUUUCUUUCCCCCCAGCUUUUUUUUUAAAUCCCGGCAUAAGCUUAGCAUACAACCUGUUUUGUCAUCAAGUUGAGCCUUUUUUCUCCUGCUGUGUUCUUUUCCAUUUUCCUUUUACUUUCCCCUCACUCUCUGUAGCAUCUAACUUCUCACCUGUUUGUUUCUUUUUCUGUCCUUCACACUUUCUCCCCUGUCAGCAGUUAAAGUUUCUAGCUAUAUGCUUGCUGAUAAUGGGGAUGCAGGGAGGCUAUAGUUGGACUGUACUGAGCCAUGCAACAGUAAUGUUACAACUAGAUGGAUACAAUACACUCUGCACCUCUGAAAUAGCUCAGGUUAAGUCCCAACUUCUGUGCCUGCAGGUUUCCACUGAUAAACUUUUUUUUUUCUUCUUGCAUCGUUUGCUUCGACAGCCACUCUUUGCCCACAGUAACAGCCUGUUUUGUAGCAUCAUAUGGAGAAAAUGAGAAGACACAGUGCCAUGUAGGCAUUGUUUAAGAUUUAUCAUAUUUAUCAAGCAACAAUCUGCAAAAACAAUGUGAAUUCUUUACCAAGAUUUCAUUCUCUUUAUUAUUAUUGUGCAACGGAGACCAGCCAAAAGAUGAAUGUCAGCUUCAAUUAAUUAACCAAAAGAAAAAGAACGGCUCAAAUUUAAUCUGUGUGUCAUCAGAAAUGCCAACUUUUGCUUGGACAUGAAGCCCACUGAGUUCUUUCAUCUUGCUGUCUGAUUAUAUUUGUAAAUUAAUUAUUUUUUUGCAUUUGAUGUAAUGCCUAUAGAAGCCUUUCAAUGUAUGUAGACUGUCCUGUUGGAUGUUAUGUAUAUAGAACCCUUACUGUACAGUCCCUUCCAAACCAAAACCAGAGCUGUCUACUAUACUCAUCCUAGUUUUUGUUUGGGCCUUGAGUGCUAAAGCGGGGCCAGGCUUGCUGGCUUUUCAAAGAAAACUCAAAGCUUCUAUUUUUGUUAAUAAAAUGAUAAUGAAAAAGAGUCAAAAUAAAACACUUACUGAACAUUAUUCACACUAGCCACUUUGUCACACCAUUGUCUUUUUUUUUUUUUUUUGCAAUGCCUACUUGUUUUCAUUACUUUUUCUGUCUCUGGGGUUUCUUUCAUUUGUACAAGUCAGAGUUGACAAACUGUUUUAUACUAUAUUUUCCUACAGAGUUGUGUUUCAGUGUGAGUUAAUGACUGUUUUUUGUUAUGUAGCUGGCAGUGGUUUAUUGGUGGUUAUGUGCUGAAAAUUGGUAUGUUAAGGGUCUGCUUUCUCUUUCUCUGUGGAGUGGAAAGCACCUGAAAGCGCCUGUAUUCAAUCCAAUCACCGUAGCAGUAGUGCUCUGUUAAAUCUUGCGCGGGUGGUGGGAGGGGUGGGCGUGGGUGUGUGUGUGUGUGGGGGGGGCAGCUUAAGAGGAUCUACAGAUUAAACUUCUGUAGCCCUUAGUGACCUUAAUGUUACUGCUUUCUCUGCUUUUUUUUUUUUUAAUUUUAUUUUGCAAGCCCGGUGCUCCCUGUCAUCUCACAAGCCAUGCAACAGAGAACACUGUGUAGCCCUGGCUCUAGUACUGUAAAUGAUUUGAUCACAAUGAGCAGCAUCCCCUGCUUUUACCAGCACUCAGGAAACCCCCAAGUACUCUGCAGCUCUUGUAAUAGGUCCACGGACUAUGCUUGAGAAAAAAAAUCCUUACUAUAAUAUGCUGUAUUUUUAAUAUAACAUAACCUCAGAAACCACCCUGAGAGAUGAGAGAGAGGGAGAAGUUUGAUCUUUCAUGCUGUACUCGAUUGAAGAAAUACUUAAAGGAUAUCAUCAUUAAUGUUUCCCUUUUCCUCUACAAAUAAAAUCUGCUAACGAAUUCAGCACAAGCCACCAGCAGCCCUGAUUUGAUUUUUAUUUUCAAUAGGGUGCACCUACAGCAGUGGUUUACCCCAUUUUUUUGUCUUGUUUGUUUGACAUAUUGGUAACUGGUCUCUGCUGUUGGCACAGUCAUCGUAGCAGUGGAACAUUUCUUACUUACUUUGGGAGUUCAAUUAUGGAGCCUUUGUCUCAGCACUUUGUUUUUUUUCUGUACCUCAUAAGCCUCUGUGUAUGAAGCGUAAGUAAAAAAAAAUAAAUAAAUAUUCAUGGUUUGACAUCAA